GGGUUGCCUGAACUAUCCUCUGCUGCAAAACAUGAAGACAGUUUGUUUAGGGAUUUAUUUGAAGACUAUGAAAAGUGGGUUCGUCCUGUGGAACACCUGAGUGACAAGAUAAAAAUCAAGUUUGGCCUUGCAAUAUCUCAGUUAGUGGACGUGGAUGAGAAAAACCAGCUAAUGACCACCAACGUCUGGUUGAAGCAGGAAUGGAUAGAUGUAAAAUUAAGAUGGAAUCCUGAUGACUAUGGUGGAAUAAAAAUUAUACGUGUUCCUUCAGACUCUCUGUGGAUCCCAGACAUCGUUUUGUUUGAUAAUGCAGACGGACGUUUCGAAGGGGCCAGUACGAAAACAGUUGUCAGGUACAAUGGCACUGUCACUUGGACGCAGCCAGCAAACUACAAAAGUUCUUGCACUAUAGAUGUGACCUUUUUCCCAUUUGAUCUCCAAAAUUGCUCCAUGAAAUUCGGCUCAUGGACGUAUGAUGGAUCCCAGGUCGAUAUAAUCCUAGAGGACCAAGAUGUCGACAGAACAGACUUUUUUGACAAUGGGGAAUGGGAAAUCAUGAGCGCAAUGGGGAGCAAGGGGAACCGGACGGACAGCUGCUGCUGGUACCCCUGCAUCACCUACUCCUUCGUGAUCAAACGGCUGCCUCUCUUCUAUACCCUGUUUCUUAUCAUACCCUGCAUCGGGCUCUCGUUUCUGACCGUGGUUGUCUUCUAUCUCCCUUCAAACGAAGGUGAAAAGAUUAGCCUGUGCACUUCGGUGCUGGUCUCUCUGACUGUCUUCCUGCUGGUGAUUGAGGAGAUUAUACCGUCAUCUUCCAAAGUCAUACCUCUGAUCGGGGAGUACUUGGUGUUCACCAUGAUCUUCGUGACCCUAUCCAUUAUGGUGACUGUCUUUGCCAUCAACAUCCACCACCGCUCCUCUUCCACACACAAUGCUAUGGCGCCGUGGGUUCGUAAGAUAUUUCUCCACAAGCUUCCCAAACUGCUCUGCAUGAGAAGUCAUGCCGAUAGGUACUUCACUCAGAGAGAAGAAGCCGAGAAAGGCGGUGGACCUAAAUCUCGGAAUACUUUGGAGGCCGCGCUCGAUUGCAUUCGCUACAUCACGAGACACGUAGUGAAAGAGAACGACGUCCGCGAGGUUGUUGAAGAUUGGAAAUUCAUAGCCCAAGUUCUUGAUCGGAUGUUUUUAUGGACGUUUCUUCUGGUUUCAGUCAUUGGGACUCUAGGGCUUUUUGUUCCUGUUAUUUAUAAAUGGGCCAAUAUAAUAGUCCCAGUUCACAUUGGAAACACAAUUAAGUGAAACCAAGAAAUUACACUGGAUUUAGUGAGCAGUCAAGCAGCUCUUAGGACACGUAUGCCAUUAUGAAAAUAUUUACAAUUUGAUAUAGGCUGUAACAGAUUAGCAGUUUCUGACAUUGGCUUAAUGUUGUCCAUUAAAACUGUAGUAAUAGCCUUGAGUACCAACACUGUCCCCCUGCACUAGUGAAGGCCUACCAUCGCAUCCUGGUAAAUCCUACUAACUUGCAACCAGUGAUGAAGGGCAUCUUUGGAGUACUGGAAAAUACAACUAUAUUUGAAGAGUGUUUAAAGCUUUCCUCCACAUCUAGUAAAAGCAUAUAUUUGUGUGGUUUUGAAUUUUCAGAAUGGGUCUUGUUAAAUUGUCCAGGCUGGCCCUAAACCUCCUGAGUAGCUAGGACUAUGGGUGUGCUCCAUUUUGCCCUGUUCUGUAUUCAUGGGUAUAAAACACAUCAUACUUUUAUAGGAGAUAAGCUAAUUAAUUAGUUUAAUAAUAACUAUUUUUGUGAAGAGACACCAUGAUCAGCAACUCUUAUAAAGGAAAACAUUUAAUUGGGGCUGGCUUACUGGUUCUGAGGUUUAGUCCAUUAUUGUCAUGGCAGAAGCAUGGCAGCAUCCAGGCAGACAUAAUGUUGAAGACAAGAGUUUUCUACAUCUGGAUUGGCUGGCAGCAAGAAGAGAGAAUGACCCACUGGACCUGACUUGAGCUGCUGAAACCUCAGAGCCCACCUCCUGUGACACGCUUUCUCCAACAAGGCCACACCUCCUCAUAGUGCCACUCCCUGGUGAUCAAGCAUUCAAUCUAUGGGUCUAUGAGAGCCAUCCCUAUUCACACCACACUUGAUAGGAUGCUAUUCUUUAUUGACAUUUUUAAUAUGUGAAAAAUGGUAACUAGAAACUCCUUAAGCCUACUUUAUUCUUCAUAUGGCAAUAUGGAAUGUCUUCUGUGCUAACUAAUUUUGCAGCUUACUGUCCACUGAAAACAUAUAACAGGCAACUCCUGCAGACAUUCUUUGUAAUGACUUUAUAAUCCUGCAGUGGCAUAUCCUUUGUAAUGACUUCAGUCGCCUUGUCCAUAUUCUUUGGUUAGGAGAGCUACUUAUUUAUCUCUGAUUUCAGAAUAAUACUGCAGUUGCACAGAUUCCCGUCUCAAAACGGGAUGCUAUGUCUCUGUCUUGGUAGUUCUGUGGAAAAAAUCAUUCUGGGCUGGAAACGGUGUCUCAUACAUACCUGUCAUCUCUACUUUCAGGAGGCAGAGGCAGGGGAGUUGUUGUGAGUUGUAGGUCAUCCUGGGUUAUAGUAGGACACCCUGUCUCAAAGGCCAAACAAACAAAAAUUGCCCUUCUGAGUUGAUGUAAGCACACUGUCAUAUCUUCUCAUGUCUCAAUCAUCUUUCACCCCAAUUAUAAUUGUCAAAUCUUAGAGCAAAGUGCUUUAGAUAUUGUCUAGCUAGCCUAAUACUAGGUAUGAUAUCAGUCAGUACUGUAUAAUGUAACAUGGGUAAAGUAAUUAAACUUCAUCCCUAGUGCCCCAACUCAGCUAUAACCCAAAAGCUUGUGUUCGAUUCACAACUCUUACUUGUAAAGUUAGCAACAUCUUUGGUUAUUAGUAAUAUAUUAUCAACAACUUAAAUUCAAGUCAGCAUUCUUUGGAAGGCAGGAUGGACUCUGUCAAGUUUAAUUUUAUUGUGAUUAUUGUGUUUACGACUGUUAGAGUGAGUGAAAGUCUGUACUGUAGUUUAGUAAAUGUCCCUCAAAGGCUCAUUGUUGAAAGCUUGGUCAUGAUGGUUUUGGGAGGUGGUGGGAUCUUCAGGAGUAAAGGCUCUAGCAAAGGAAAUUAUGUCUCUAGGAGUGUGCCUUUGAGGAUAUUGAGACCCCAGCUCUUCCUUUUGCUUCUCAGACACCAUGAGGUAGACAACUUGGCUCUGCUUUGUGUCUCCCAUUGUUAUAUACCAUCUUGACAAUGACCUCAAAGCAAGAGCCAUUCAUGAACUAAGGUCUCUGCAAGCAUGAUCAACAACAAAGCUUUCUCUUAAUUAGCUCAAGUAUUUUCUUGAUUAUCUCAAGUGUUUUUCCCAUAAUAGCAAAAAGCUAAUAGAAUAUUAGUACCCUGA